AUGACCCAGACCCUCAGGCUCACCUCCAGGGUGUUGCAUCGUGCCCGCUGUGUUUCUAAGCUGGGUGCCUCACUGGGCUCCAGCGGCUCUGGCUCAGCGCCUCGGAGCUUGGCAGACAUCCCAGGCCCCUCCACGCCGGGUUUUCUUGCCGAACUUUUCUGCAAGGGCGGGCUGUCGCGCCUACACGAGCUGCAGGUGCAGGGCGCCGCGCGCUUCGGCCCGGUGUGGCUGGCCAGCUUCGGGACGGUGCGCACCGUGUACCUGGCGGCCCCUGCGCUCAUCGAGCAGCUGCUGCGACAGGAGGGGCCCAGGCCCGAGCGCUGCAGCUUCUCCCCGUGGGCUGAGCACCGGCGCCAGCGCCAGCGGGCUUGCGGACUGCUCACUGCGGAAGGCGAAGAGUGGCAGAGGCUCCGCAGCCUGCUGGCCCCGCUCCUCCUCCGGCCUCGGGCAGCUGCCCGCUACGCCGGGACCCUGGACGCCGUGGUCCUUGACCUCGUGCGGCGACUGCGGCGCCAACGGGGACGUGGCACUGGGUCGCCUGCCCUGGUUCGCGAUGUAGCGGGAGAGUUUUACAAGUUUGGACUAGAAGGCAUAGCAGCCGUGCUGCUGGGUUCGCGCCUGGGCUGCCUGGAGACCAAAGUGCCUCCAGACACUGAGACCUUCAUCCGCGCGGUGGGAUCCGUGUUCGUGUCCACGCUAUUGACCAUGGCGAUGCCCAGCUGGCUGCACCGCCUCGUGCCGGGACCCUGGGCCCGCCUCUGCCAAGACUGGGACCAGAUGUUUGCAUUUGCCCAGAAGCACGUGGAGCGGCGAGAGGCCGAAGCAGCCAGGAGGAGCCGGGGAAGGCCUGAGCAGGACGUGGAAUCUGGGGCGCACCUGACCUACUUCCUGUUCCAGGAAGAGUUGCCUGCCGCGUCCAUCCUGGGGAAUGUGACGGAGCUGCUGCUGGCCGGCGUGGACACGGUGUCCAACACGCUCUCCUGGGCUUUAUAUGAACUCUCUCGGCACCCCGAAGUCCAGACGGCUCUCCAUUCCGAGAUCACCGCUGCCUUGGGCAAGGGGUCCAAUGCCCACUCCUCAGCCACUGUUCUGUCCCAGCUGCCCCUGCUGAAGGCUGUCCUCAAGGAAGUGCUAAGACUGUACCCCGUAGUACCUGGGAAUUCCCGUGUUCCUGAUAAAGACAUUCGUGUGGGUGAUUAUAUCAUUCCCAAAAAUACGCUGGUCACUCUGUGUCAUUAUGCCACUUCAAGAGACCCUGCCCAGUUCCCAGAGCCAAAUGCUUUUCGCCCAGCGCGCUGGCUGGGGGAAGGCCCAGCCCCCCACCCAUUCGCCUGUCUUCCCUUUGGCUUCGGCAAGCGCAGCUGCAUGGGGAGACGCCUGGCAGAGCUGGAGCUGCAAAUGGCUUUGGCCCAGAUCUUGACUCACUUUGAGGUACGGCCUGAGCCAGGCGCUGCCCCAAUCAGACCCAUGACCCGGACUGUCCUGGUACCUGAGAGGAGCAUCAACCUACAGUUUGUGGACAGAUAG